GCUGACAAGCAUUAGAACCCAUGACCUCGGACUCCCAAGCCCGGGUUCUUUCCACUGAGCCUCGCUGUGCUGUGCCUCUGGUUUUCAGAACUAACAUUUAGAAGGGAUGGGGUUGGGGGCUGUGCCUGGUCAUUAUUAUCACCCACCUCUGCCCCGGGUCAUCACUGCAAAGACCCAUUUACGUCCAACUCCGUCCCGCCCUUCCCAGGCCCUGUGUGCCAGGGACGGAUAUGGGGCAGGGGAACCCGUGGCACAUUGGAAGUCUCUUUCCUCCACCGCCUUGGUACAUUCUAAGCGCUUAGUACAGUGCCCUGCACAUGGGGCUGGAACGAUGACCACGCUUACCAGGCAGGACCUCAACUUUGGACAAGUUGUGGCCGAUGUUCUCUGUGAGUUCCUGGAGGUCGCCGUCCAUCUCAUUCUGUACGUCCGAGAGGUUUACCCCAUUGGAAUCUUUCAGAAGCGGAAGAAAUACAACGUUCCGGUCCAGAUGUCCUGCCACCCAGAGUUGAAUCAGUACAUCCAGGACACGCUUCACUGUGUCAAGCCGCUGCUCGAAAAGAAUGACGUGGAGAAGGUGGUGGUGGUGAUCCUGGAUAAAGAACACCAUCCCGUGGAGAGAUUCGUUUUUGAGAUCACCCAGCCCCCUCUGCUUUCCAUCAGCUCCGACUCCCUGCUGUCCCACGUGGAGCAACUGCUUCGUGCCUUCAUCUUGAAGAUCAGCGUCUGCGACGCCGUGCUGGACCACAACCCCCCAGGCUGCACCUUCACGGUCUUGGUCCACACCCGGGAGGCGGCCACCCGCAACAUGGAGAAGAUCCAGGUCAUCAAGGAUUUCCCCUGGAUCCUGGCCGACGAGCAAGAUGUCCACAUGCACGACCCUCGGCUCAUCCCACUGAAGACCAUGACCUCGGACAUCUUAAAGAUGCAGCUGUACGUGGAGGAGAGGGCUCACAAGAGCACCUGAGACCGGCCGUGCCGCCCCCUUCUCAUCUCCGCACUGGGUGCUCCUCACGGCCCGGCGUGGGACCGAUCCUGGAACCGACGGCGACAGCGGCCUCAAGUGGGUGACCUCUCCCCUCCGUCCCCUUUGGAGCAGCUGCCCGGCCACCUUGGUUCCAAGUGCUCUUCGUGCCUGCUGCCUACGAAUCGGCUCACCCUAAAGGACCGGGCCCGUCGGCAACGAGCGCGAGACUCAACUCGCCUCUACCUGCCCGGGUAGCUCUUGGGGGGACGUACGCCACGACGGGGUCCUGUAUCCCCGUUUCCGUGACGUCCGGGCUCUCUUUACGAGACGCUCCGUCUGGCUGUGCUGUGUGCGCGUGUGGUUUCAAUAAAAGACCGGGCCGGCCUCCCGGCCCCGAAGGGACGGACCGAGCUGGCCCCGGCUGCAAA